AUGCCGUGCCCAUCAAAAUGUCACGGAGGUCCUGGGUAUGCAUCCCCGCAAGAUGCAAUUAAAGGACCGAGGGAAGAAGUGUUAUUUGUGACUGCACCACAUGCAAACAAUGGUCCAGAUGCCAUUUUUACAGUUGAUGUCAAUCCGGACAGUGACGCUUUUUGUCAGGUGAUCAGUCGAGUGGACGUACCAAAUAUCGGGGACGAAGUACAUCAUACCGGAUGGAAUGCGUGCUCUUCUUGUCAUGAUAAACCAACUGAGAAGAGAUCCCACCUUAUAGUCCCAUGCCUGAAUUCCGAUCGAAUCUACGUCAUAAACGUUGAAAACGAGAAAGAAAUUUAUCUCGAAAAGACAAUAGAACCAUCGAAACUCCACUCUCUCAAUCUAUCAUUUCCCCAUACUUCUCAUUGUUUAGCUGAUGGAAAUAUAAUGAUAAGUACACUUGGAGAAGCAGACGGAACACCGUCUGGAAACUUUUUAUUGUUGGAUGGAAAGACGUUUGAACCGAAAGGAACAUGGCCAGCUGAUGGGAAAGUUGUCAAGUUUAACUAUGAUUUCUGGUAUCAACCGAGAAGAAAUUUGAUGAUUUCGACGGAAUGGGGGUCACCGAGUCAUAUUAAGAAGGGGUUUAAUCCAGCUCACGUAUCCGAAGGUCUCUACGGUAACAGUGUCCACAUUUUCGAGUGGAAUUCCAAAAAACACCUCCAAACAAUUGAUCUACCAAUGCCACUUGGUGCACUCCCGUUGGAAGUUCGAUUCCUUCAUGAACCGACAAAUGAGAAUGCAUUCGUUGGAUGUGCACUUGGAUCUGCUAUUUUUAGAAUUCAUCCGGAUAAGAAGAAUCCAUCAGUCCAAACCGCUACCCUCUCCGCUUCUAUUCCCUCAAAACGUGUGAGUGGAUGGUCACUUCCAGAGAUGCCAGCACUUAUAACCGAUAUUCUGAUUUCAAUGGAUGACAGAUUCCUAUAUGUUUCGUGUUGGCUUCACGGAGAUAUUCGACAAUAUGAUAUCACGGAUCCAUCAAAUAUUAAAUUGAAUUCUCAAGUUUAUAUUGGUGGAAGUAUUCAUUCGGAAUCGAAUAUUCAAGUAUUAGAUCAAUAUCAUUCUGAAAUUCCAGCACUUUAUGUGAAGGGACGAAAAAUAGAAGGAGGACCACAGAUGUUACAGUUAUCGUUAGAUGGGAAGAGAUUAUAUGUGACGACUUCUUUGUACAAGCAAUGGGAUCAACAGUUCUAUCCCGAGAAUGUCAAAUCCGGUGCCACAAUGAUUCAAGUCGACAUCGACCCAGAAACUGGAAAAAUGGAAAUCAAUCGAAAUUUCCUUAUCGACUUUGGAAAAGUGUCGGGCGGUCCGUACUUGGCUCAUGAGAUGCGUUAUCCGGGAGGAGAUUGUACUUCUGAUAUCUGGAUUUGA